AACAGGUUUGUCACUGCUUCAGCCCACGUGUAACCUGUGAACUACUUAAACCAAACACAGGGUGUUGACAGGAAACUUUUGUAAUCUCCUGUCCAGUCAGACCUUCCCCUUCAUCCAAAAACAGCUGCUGUCACUGGGCUGUUGUGAGUCAGUUCUCUUCCUCUUACUGUCACUGAAAUAGUCCCUCCUCCUCUUGCUCUUAAUUACAUCCACUCCUCCUGUCAGAUGGUGCAUUGCUUGUUUGGAAAACUGUUGUGCUGCAGUGUAAUAAUUGAAGAAGAAAGACCAACUUAACUUUAAGGAAUUUCAUUUUUUUUGCUGUGGUACAGUUUCUUCAGAGCAUCAGUCCUUCUCACCAUGUCCACCCAGCCCCCCCAAACCCGCCAUGAAGCAGCAUAUAUGUCCCUUAUUAGAGGCUUGAGAGAGCUGGAUCUCCAUGGCCCCUGUGUUCCCAGCGACCUGGUUCUGAUUGGAGACCACGCCUUUCCUUUGGCAAUGAACAGCCGAGGCCAGGUCCCGAUGGCUGCCUCUCUCUACGGGCGUGGAAGGAUUGUGGUCCUGGGUCAUGAGGGCUACCUGACAGCUUUCCCUGCUCUGGUAGAGAACGCUCUGACGUGGCUGAGAGGAGAUGGAUCUGACAACCUGUCUGUGGGGAUCCAAAGGAACAUCAUGGCGGUCGCCGAUAACCUCAGCAAAGCCAGCUUCCAGGCCAAUGUUGUGGGGGCCUUCAGCAACAACCUGGAGGUUGGUGUAUAUGUGACGGAUGCCUACAGUGUGGGUGCAGACCCAAAGGACCUGGUGGCGUUUCUGAAAGCUGGAGGAGGAGUGCUAAUAGCAGGUCAGGCGUGGAGCUGGGCUGCAGAUCACCCUAAAGAGAACACACUGCUUCAGUUUGGAGGGAAUAAGGUUUCUGGUGUGGCAGGGAUCUACUUCUCUGAGCAUCCGGGUGAGGUAGAGUGCCUGCCAGUCUAUCCUCAAAUCCCGUCCUCCUGGAUGGCUGUAGUAAUUGGUAAAGAUUUUGAGGACGACUUGGAGUUCUUACUCCAGGGGAUUCCAGACUUUGACCUCCAGAAUGAGGUAGUAGCUUCUGAGGUUCUGGUCCACGGCCCUCUAGCCUUCCCCAUCGGUACCACUGAGGAUAGACGAGCUUUCCUGGCAGGAGCUUACUAUGGGCAGGGACGAGUUGUUGUGAUCACACAUGAAGGACUUCUGAGACGAGAGACUCUGGCUCCAUUUUGGAAGAAUGCCAUUGACUGGUUGGAUGAAGGCCGGAAUGGGGUCGUUGGCGUAGUACCAGACCUUGACCAAGCCUUUAACCUCUUCAGGGAGUCAAAGUUUAAUUGCAGGAAGACAAACUUCAGUGAAGACCUGAGUGUGUUUGUGUGUACAGCGUACAGUGAUCAACAUGUAGAGGAAAUCCAAAACUUUGUAGCAGAGGGAGGAGGCCUGCUGAUUGGUGGCCAUGCCUGGCACUGGGCACAGACACACAAUGGGGAAAACCCGAUGACAGAAUUCUCAGGGAACAAGAUUCUGAACAAAAUGGGUUUGAGCCUGCUGGGGAAUAUAAUUGGGGAAGGUUCCUACAAAGCUCCUGUACCCAGCCAGGCCAUCAAAGACGGCUACCACUUCCGCCACCUACUACACCGCUUUGCUGGUCAUGUAAACAAGGGGGUGGCACUUACAGAGCAUGAGGAGGAAUGUCUUAAAAAACUGGGCAGGGACUGUGCCAACUACUUGAACAUGAAGGCUCAUGACUGCUCCUCCUAUACACAAGUGUUGUCCACUCUCACUGACAUCUUAAAGAAGUCAGGCAUGCCACAGGUGUGUGAAAGCAGCCCUGUGAAGAGUCCCAAAGACCACCUGCUCCUCAGUGUGGGGACAGAGUUGUAUAAGGUUUGCCCAGAUCCUGACGCUCUCCUGCCUCACCUCAUCAAGGAUAACCCGUUGAUGCCAGUUGUCUAUAACCACACGAUCAUGAUUGAUGUUAACACAGCAGGAAUGGUAGAGUGGAUCAGUACAGGUCUUUACCUCUCUCCUGGUAUGAAGACCUACAUGGAAAUACCAGCAGACAUCGUCAACAAGGGAUGGAAGGUCCAGAUCGGCUGUCAGACGGACAAACUGAACGCUACAGAGUUAAAGAGAGCUCCAAGUGUCUACGAACGAUUUCCCAUUACCACAGAAAUGAUGCAGGUGUCGAACCUCUGGGGGGGACUCGUCUACCUGGUGGCCCCACCUAAAACACAAGUGCAGGGGAUACAGGUCAUAGUUCAGAUGGCUGUACCUGCACCAUAUUAUAAAUCAGGCGUGACAACAGCAGCUGACUGGUCCUUGCUGCGCACUGGUCCCUCACCCUGGGCAGAACUGGAGUUUGACAACAUCAUCCUCACUGUACCAUCAGAUUUUGUCCGGAAUCUGGAUCGCCCUGAUGAGUUGGCGUCAUACUGGGAUGACAUCAUGAGGAGCAUCGCUGAUCUUGCUGCCAUCCCACACAAAUUUCCUCGCAAGGAACGUUUCGUAACUGAUGUACAGAUUUCCCAUGGUUGGAUGCAUGCAGGUUACCCUAUCAUGACACACAGGUCCACAGCAGCUGCGCUGGUCAGCAUUGACCUUGCUAAGAGUAAAGGCCUGUGGGGCCCCAUUCACGAGCUUGGACACAACCAGCAGAGAGAAUGCUGGGAGUUCCCACCACACACCACAGAGUGUACAUGCAACCUGUGGUCAGUGUAUGUGCAUGAAGAGGUGCUGGGGAUCAACAGGGCACAGACUGAGCACCUUUUGACCCCAGAAAAAAGAAAGAGCUUUGCAGUACAGUAUGUUGAGGGGGGCAGGAAUCUCAGCAGCUGGAAUGUGUUUGUGGCGCUGGAGACAUAUUUGCAGCUCCAGGAGAAGUUUGGCUGGGAUGCCUUUAAGAAGGUGUUCGCUGCCUACCAUGAGAUGAGCAGCUUUCCUGGUGACAACAGAGGAAAGAUGAACCUGUAUGCUGAGACUUUCUCCAAGACUGUGGGGAUGAACCUGUGUGGAUUCUUCAAGGCCUGGGGCUGGCCCAUUGAAACAGCCACUGCAGAUAAACUCUCCAGCCUGCCUUCCUGGAGUGACCACCCCAUGGUCCAGUAUGACUGAACUUCAGUCUGCUGCUGAUGAAAGUGCAGAGAGAUGGGUGUUAGUUGAUCAUCAGUUAUGAAGUAUCUGAUUUCUGUUAUUCUAGUAGUGAUUUCAAAUAAUAAUAAAAAAAGCUUAAUGCAAGUAUCCCGAAUCAAGAAAAUGCUGAGAGAAGGAAAAACACUGACUCAAUGGUCUAGAGAGAUGAAAUCAUUCAGCUCACAACCUGGACAUUAUCCAAUAAAAAAAUAUACAAAUAACACGCCUGUCUGCAUAGUGGAGUAAUGGCAUUGUGAUCAGAGAAUGAAGUCACACCACCUUUGAGGCAGGGGCGGAGCCAGACAUUGUCAACAUUUGGGGCUUAUCCCCAGCUAUUUUUUUUCCCAUUCACAGCAGCUACAUGCACUGUUUUAGGGACAUUUAGGGAAAACAUGACAGUUGCCCAAAAAAAAAAAAAAAA